AUGUGGCACUCUUUAAAUAGCCCCACCUUUCUCAUCACGGCUUUGUUCUAUGCUCUAGUAGCUGCUGGACGUAAACCAGUACGAGAUGCCAAGACCUUAGGUCUCACAAUUAAACAACAAGGCGGAAACCAUUUCGAUGUUUCUGGCCCCGGAAAAUUCCGCGCCUACGUCGAGAUUGACAAGUUUUUGGAUCAAAUCGAUGUUAUAUACAUUGGUAACGCAGGGAGAGCGAUUAAAGCCCGUGAGGUUUUAUUAAGCGUUUGGAAAGAGAGCUCGGGGACCAGCGCAUCCAAAUUGAGGCGUAUCAUGUACGAUGUAAUCCAGAAUGAUGAAACUGUGUCGGUUCUGGACAGCAUUUGGAAAGCCCGCGAAAUAGACGACGGCAAACACGAUUCUGACGACGACUACGGAGACAGCUAUAAUUACGGAUCACACGACGAAGGAGAAACGGACGGCGUCAUCGAGCCAACAAUAACCGUUACAAGACCACCUCCAGGCGAGGAAGAUUGGCGGUUUAGCGAUUUGCGAGACAAGACUCCUUUUGGAAUUGGCGCAGCGAAAAUGUGUCUUGAGUAUACCGAGAUGGAGAAUCAUUUUAUAAAAUCCUUCACAUUUGGGAGGAACAAAGAGGAUGGAAAAUGGCUAGUCAUUAACUUUGGGACAGGGGUUAUUAGUCAAGUGUACUCUAAGGUCGUCAUUGUACGGGAUGGCCGUCAUUAA